GGCCGCUGCCAAGCAAGGAAGAAGCUGCUGGUUGGGCCCGCAAUGAAAAGGCUCGUUCUUUUGCUGCUUGUGCUCCUGGACCUGGGGCAGGCCCACGGACUACUCCACAGGGUGCCGCUCAGGAGGCAUCCGUCCCUCCUCCGAAAGAAACUGAGGGCACGGGGCCAGCUCUCCGAGUUCUGGAAAUCCCAGAAUUUGGACAUGAUCCAGUUCACUGAGACCUGCACGAUGGACCAGAGUGCCAACGAGCCCCUCAUCAACUACCUGGACAUGGAGUACUUUGGCACCAUCUCCAUUGGCUCCCCACCGCAGAACUUCACUGUCAUCUUUGACACCGGCUCCUCCAACCUCUGGGUCCCCUCUGUGUACUGCACCAGUUCAGCUUGCAAGACACACACCAGGUUCUACCCUUCCCAGUCCAACACAUACAGCAUGGUGGGGAGUCAGUUCUCCAUCCAGUAUGGGACCGGGAGCUUGUCUGGAAUCAUUGGAGCCGACCAAGUCUCUGUGGAAGGACUGACUGUGGUCGGCCAGCAAUUUGGAGAGAGUGUCACAGAGCCCGGCCAGACCUUUGUGGACGCGGAGUUUGAUGGAAUUCUGGGCCUGGGUUACCCGUCCUUGGCUGUCGGAGGGGUAACUCCGGUGUUCGACAACAUGAUGGCCCAGAACCUGGUGGACGUACCCAUGUUUUCUGUCUACAUGAGCAGUGACCCAGAAGGCGGUGCGGGGAGUGAACUGAUUUUUGGAGGCUAUGACCACUCCCAUUUCUCUGGGAGUCUGAACUGGGUCCCGGUCACCAAGCAAGGCUACUGGCAGAUUGCCCUGGACGCAAUCCAGGUGGGGGGCACCGUGAUGUUCUGCUCCCAGGGCUGCCAGGCCAUUGUGGACACAGGGACCUCCCUCAUCACAGGCCCCCCGGACAAGAUCAAGCAGCUGCAGGAGGCCAUUGGGGCACAGCCCAUGGAUGGAGAAUAUGCUGUGGAGUGUGUCAACCUCAAUGUCAUGCCGGAUGUCACCUUCACCAUCAAUGGAGUUCCCUACACUCUCCAACCAACUGCCUACACCCUGCUGGACUUUGUGGAUGGAAUGCAGUUUUGCAGCAGUGGCUUUCAAGGUCUUGACAUCCAGCCUCCAGCUGGGCCCCUCUGGAUCCUGGGUGAUGUCUUCAUUAGACAAUUUUACUCGGUCUUUGACCGUGGGAAUAACCUUGUGGGGCUGGCCCCAGCAGUCCCCUAAGUAGGGGCCUUGUGUCUGUGCCUGCCUGCCUGACACCCCUUGGGAACCCAGCUGGGUCUGUUAGGUUGGGGCCUUCCUCACAGCUGUCAAGUAGUCAUUUUCAAUCAGAUAGGGUUGUCCCAGAGCUGCAGCUUGAACUAAGACCAAACAGAGCCUAAGAACACACACACACUCACACAUACACACCCCCUCCACCACCACCAUGAUGGAAGCAUUAAGUUGAAUGUCCACACCUUUGAUGGCUUUUGGCUGACCUUCUAUGAUGGAAAUCCCCAAACGCACGCACAAACAGAGAUUUUAGCACAGUAAGUCCCUGCGCUCUCCGCCCGGCUGCAGAACCCGCCUGCACGUGGCCGGGCCUGUUUUAUCUGCUCCACCACCACUCCUCUCUCCAUCCCCACGUACCCGGAUUAUUCUGAAGCAAAUCCUUAGCAUCACCUCACAAAUCAUCACGUCAAGGAUUUAUCCAUAAAUCCUUCUAAUAUUCUUAAAUGUGCAGUCAGUGUUUGAAUGUUCUCUAUUAUAAAUGUUUGGUCGUUUUUACAGUUGACUUAUUCGUAUCAGGAUUCAAACAAAGUCCACAA